AGUUUCCACUGCAAUAUUUUAAUCCACUCAUCGGCUUCUACUCCAGUCUUUGCAUACAGAUAACCUUCUUUGGUCCCUAACUGUAAUGAAACACAGGAAACUUCAUUAGGAUCGUUGAAAAGGAUGUCAGUGGAAUAGGGGAAGGGAGGAGGAAGAGAGAUCUUUAUCUUGAACAUGAGUCUUUUCAGAGUCCUGAUGUGGCUGACACAGCAAAAUAGGUUGGUAGUUUUCAGCUGUAAUUGUUUCUUUUCUCUUAUAAAUGAUCUUAUAAAUUAUCUGCUCCCACUUCCCAAGAGGUUCAUCUCACUGUACAACUACCGUAUUUUUCAGAGUAUAAGACACACUUUUUUCCCUCCUAAAAGAGGCUGAAAAUUUGGGUGCAUCUUAAACUUCUAAUGUAACCCGUGCAGUGCCCAAAAUGGCUAUCCAGAACAGCUGCUGCCUUCUCUUACCCCUUCCGCGCUUUGCCUGCUUAACUCAUUGGAGCUCCCUCCGAGGAUCAGCUGCUGCUUUUGAAGCUGUUUUUCAGCCCCAAUGCAAGCUUUGCCUGCUUUUCUAAUUGCUGUUCCCUCCAACAAUCAGCUGUGCUUUAGAAGCACAGCCCCAAUCUCAAAACCAGCAAGUGAACUAAUGUGCUGGGACUAGCCAGAUGAAUACCUGGUAGGCAAAAAAAAAUUCCCCCUAUUUUCCACUCCCAAAACUAAGGUGCAUCUUAUACUUUUGGUGUGUCUUAUACUCUGAAAAAUACAGUAUGCAAAAUUUAUUUUGCCAAUAAAUUGGUGAAAUAUUCCCUCUGGCAACAUUGUAUUAAAGUGGGUGCCGACUAUAAUAUGUAUAACUGUCUGGUUCGGUUCUGCAACCCAACAAGAAAGACACAGACUUCAGAGGAUAAUUAGAACUGCAGAAAAAAUAAUUGCAACAACCUGCCUUCCAUUGAGGACCUGUAUACUGCACAAGUCAAAAAGAGGGCUGUGAAAAUAUUUACAGAUCCCUUACAUCCAGGACAUAAACUGUUUCAACUCCUACCCUCAAAACGACGCUAUAGAGCACUGCACACCAGAACAACUAAACACAAUAACAGUUUUUUCCCGAAGGCCAUCACUCUGCUAAACAAAUGAUUCCCUCAACACUGUCAAACUAUUUACUAAAUCUGCUUAAUCUUCUCAUAGUUCCCAUCACCAAUCUCUUUCCACUUAUGACUGUAUGACUGUAACUUUGUUGCUGGCAAUCCUUAUGAUUUAUAUUGAUAUAUUGACCAUCAAUUGUGUUGUAAAUGUUGUACCUUGAUGAAUGUAUCUUUUCUUUUAUGUACACUGAGAGCAUAUGCACCAAGACAAAUUCCUUGUGUGUCCAAUCAUACUUGGCCAAUAAAAAAUUCUAUUCUAUUCUAAACAUAAACAACAGACAACUGAACAUCCUUUGUUCAUCAAAAUUCAUAUGGUUUAUCAAAUGCAAUCAACAUUCAUAUACAAUACCCAGUUAGGGCAAAAUGAAAUUGGGUCAUCUGCAAUUCACUGCAUCAUAAGGCAAUCCAGCCAUUAACUUAUAAUAUUGUAUGACUAAACAAUCCCAUUGAAUCAUAAUAUUAAUAAUAUUAUAUCAUAUGAUAUAAACACAGUAUUUGUGUUUUGUUAACCAGGUUUAAAAUGUAGAGCAUUGUAUGAUCCCAGCCUUCCUGUUCCUGGAUCUUUAUGCUAUAAGAUACAUUAAUAGCUGAAGGGAGGUGCUGUAGCUCAUUGGUUAAAGAUGCUGAGCUUGUCAGCUGGAAAGCUGGCUGUCCAGGUUCGAGACCCAAUCACUGCAUGAUGGGGUAAACUCUCAUUACUUGCCCCAACUCCUGCCAACCUAACAGUUCAAAAACAUGUAAAUGUGAGUAGAUAAAUAGGUACUACUUCGGUGGAAAGGGAACAGCAUUCUGCCUCAGUCUAUAGUCAUGCUGGCCACAUGACCAUGGAAGUGUCUUCGGACAACGCUGGCUCCCUUGGCUAAGAAAUGGAGAUGAGCACCCCCACCUUAGAGUCAGACACAACUGGACAGGGGAAACCUUUACCUUUACCUUUAAUUGCUGAAAUGCACCAUUUGGAGGAGGAACAUUUUCUCACUAAGAGCAUCUUUCCCAAACUGAUAUCUUCUAGAUUUGCCAAGUCUUCAGCCCCAAGAAUUUCCAGUCUGGAUGUUUUCUUCUAAAAAAUUCACUUCAGCUCUAAUCAAAAACUUGUCCUAAUUCCAUCAUUAAACUAUGGAAAGCUUUCUUUUCUCCAACCAAUAGUCCAAAUAGGAACUCACCGAUGGAGCGCUGGGAAUGAGGUCAAUUUCUGUUCUUCCUGUCUGCAUAGCCGUGUGGACUCGCACAGAUUCAUAAAUGGAAGGCUCUUCUACUUUCUUGGGAUAUGGAUGCUUCAAUACAAUCAAAGUCCCUAUAAAAAAGAAAGCCCUAAAUUCAUCAAAAACCUACUGAGAUCUCCUUCAGAUUCACCUUAGCCCUAAUCUGGUCUUCGCCCUCACCGAUGUAAAAAGUACAAUUUGCAAAAUAUGUCAACCUACAGGGAAGUAUCCCUGCACUUUGAUGUCUUUUGGCAUGGACUUUCUUCCCAGCUAAAUAAUAAAUAAAGCCCCAACAAGGGGCAGUACAUAGAUACCUUACCUUAUCCUAAAACCUAAACAAGUUACUAGUUGAAGCAGCGACUACCAAUCUUAGAGUUGUCAGAUAGUUAGGAAUUGAACAAGCAUCCCAGAAAAAGGUAGUGACCAACCAUUUCUAGAUUGUUGCCAAGAAAACUACAUGGCAUCCCCAUGAAAUCACUGGCUGAAUUUGACUCAAAGGACACCUUGCUUAUUAUAGAGUCCUUGAUGCUCUCUAAGCUUGGUUCUUUGCUUGCAGACAUUUUAUUACCUGACAUCUGCAACACUAGGACAUGGUGGCUCAGUGGCUAAGACAACUUGUUGAUCGAAAGGUCGGCAGUUCAGCGGUUCGAAUCCCUAGUGCUGCGUAAUGGGCCAGAGACAAUAUGCCUAAAAACUCAAGCAAGACAGUUCAGGACAAAGAAAAGGAGGAGGCUGAAAUUGCUCCCAGUAAAGCUGAAGAAAACAUAAGCAACAUGCAGCUACAGUGAAGAUGGCAUCAGUGAAGAGGUAGCCUCCUCACCAUGUUGUUUGGCGCCAACAUGCCAGACAGAUGGGAAGAAAUUUUUUCAAGAUCUAAAGUGCUGAUUAAUAUCCCUUGGACUAAUACUACAAAAUCAAAGAAAAGCUCAGGAAUAAGACACUGGCAGCAGCAGCAGUUACCAGCACCCCCCAUCUCCACAGAGACAACAGCAGCCACCCAGCCUACUACCCCCAGCACUAUCAAGCAACUCUCCAAGGUCUACAGCUAAACUACAAGGAACAAAAUUAGGAACCACUGGGGAACACGUGUGUAUAUGUGUGUGUGUGUGUCGCUUGACUUUGGUUCUGGGUCCAAAUCUUGUUGCUCCCUUCAAUCAGCUUGAAAGCUUUCACCAUGGAAGUGUUUACAGAACUGCCUGCUGAAGAGAUAGUUAUUCAAAAAGAGAAUGCUGGAGAAAGCAACAGCCAAAUGAUCACGUGUCAUCCUCAAGAGCCAUCAAUUUCCUCAGCUGAGGAAUCAAAAUAUGUGGAGAUUUACGAUUACCCUGGAGGGACAGUAGAGAAUCCCCAGACUCUAAAGCUGAAUCUAGAACGGAAUGGAAGUAAAGUGCCCUUUAUCAGAACUAAAAAUGGACCUUGUGAGAUCAGUGAGAUUAACAGAUUGGCUAACAAAAUCUUGGCAGACAAAUAUGCGAAUCAAGAAUCUCUGGAUUAUACUUCUAACAUGGAAGCCACUCUUUCCCCCAUGGGGAUGAAAGCUGAUGAGGUUGGGGAAAGGAUCUCUGGCAUCAGUUCAGAAGGGUCUGAGAACACUCUGUCCCCUAGUAUCUCCAACGUUCAGCUUUAUACACAUGGCUGCCCAGAAUCAUCUUCAUCAUCUUGUCCUUCACCAAUGCAAAAUACAAGGAAUUUUCCAAAAAUGGAUGACUUAGAAAGAGGGGGGCAAACCUCCUCUUCGUUUGGGUAUGACAGCGAUGAAGAUGAUGAAGCAGACUGCAAAGAAAUCUGUCUGAGCAAUGAGAGAGGAAGAGGCAGGCAUGCUUCACAACUACUGCAACCACAACCCAGCUAUGCCAGUCAAAGCAACAACAGUAAUAAUGAUGAAGCACAUUAUAUUACCACCCAUGAAAUACAACUUAGUGAAGUAGAUCAUGACAUGGAUUUUGACUAUGGAUUAGCUUCUCGAUGGGAUUUUGAGGAUAACAAUGUUAUUUAUUCCUUUGUGGAUUAUGCUUCCUUUGGGAGCGAAGAAACGCUUGCAGACACACAAACAGAAGAGGAUAAUAGCUGUUAUCUCAGUACAACCACCAGUGAUCCUAAUAAUCAGACAGACAGUAUUGAUAAUACUAGCAGUACAGAGAGAGUCAGCAUUAAUUCUGAAAAUGAUACUCCAAGCACAGACAAAUGCGCCAGCUCGGAAGAAAGUCAGUCCAAGAACCUCUGCAACAUGAGUGAGAAUUCUGCAGGCCAGAUACUCCUAUCAAUCAAACCAACUUCCAGGGCUAUAAAUGAGCCUAGCAACCAGCAUGAAAAGCAAAACAUUAUUUACGCUGCCAAGCAUGAAGGCGACAUGAGCCUCUGUGUCUCCACAGCUCAUGAACGAAAUUCAAGUUUCAAACAAGAUGUGUUUCAUGACUAUGCAAAAAAGUUUAUUGCAGUUCCUGCACAUUUGCAAACAAGGUGUGCAGCUAUAAAAGCAAGAGAAUUGGGUGGAUAUUCAAGUGGUGCCUCCAGCGUGGUAAGUGAGUUGGAUGAUGCAGAUAAAGAAGUAAGAAGCCUGACAGCAAGGGCAUUUCGGAGCUUAGCUUAUCCCUACUUUGAUACCCUGAACUUGAGUUCCAGUGAGUCUUCCACAUCUCUUUCAGAUCACAAUCUAGGAAUCAACCGAUGGUCAACUUACUUGGAUUUAAAGUGCAGCAAUCUUGGACAGAAAGCAGAGCAGAAUCUUUUCAAAAGCAGCGCUGCAUCUGCUGGAUGGAAAAGAAACUCUGGGACUAAGACAGCCAGUGACCAUUUCUACAUUCACUCCAAUAAAUCACAGACUAAAGCACUGGAAUUUGUUGUCAGUAAACUUGAUGGGGAAAUAACGCAUGUUGAAACACCACGUUGCUUUGAAAAACAGGUCCAGGCAGGCUCCCGAGUUGUUACUUUGCUGGAGACUUUGAAUUUCAGCAGCAAUAUUAAUGGGGGUGUCCCCAGACCUGCUAAACCUUCUGAAAAUGCUGCUGUUGGGUCAAGUUGCACAGAUGAAGUUACAGAAACACUGCCAAAGGAGCAGAGCAAUGAAAUCUGCAAACAAACUGGAGUCGUUGCAGAUACCAUGGAAGGAACGCAGAAGUCAAAAUUUGCAUCUAGCCUCCUCAAAAAUGUUAUUUCAAAGAAGAUGCAACAGGAACAUGAGUUCAAAAUGGAAAGGGGAGAGAUCACAGACACCACAUACUCUGGUAUGUCAAAUUCCUCAUCUUCUAAAGAGGUAGAUAGCACUGCCAAGGAGAAGUUAAAGAAUGGGGGAUUGCAGAGACAAAAUUCAAGAUAUUCAGAAGGCAGCUCUGAUUGCACUAUUGUAACAGCAGAUGAUUUGGGGGAAUUUUUUGAUAGCAAAUCACCAACCUCCAAGCCCUCUACUCCACGGGAGGCCACUAUUAGCCUAAAUCGAAGCCUUUCAGAAACAUUUUUAGAAGAGGCAUGUAAAAUAAAACAAAGUGCCUCUGAAACACUCAAGGCAACUUUCCUCCGUAGCCAGAACAGUGCAUUUAGAACAUGGAAAGAAAAAGAAGCAGAGAAAAAAGAGGAAAAAGUUCCCGUGGGAAAACUGAAAAUAGGAUUUAAAGGCGAUUGGAAGGCCGAUAUGGGAGAAAUCACAGCUAAUAAAGCAACUAAAAUGUCUCGUCUUUUUGUUCCAAAUAUUCAACAAAUGGUCAAAGAUAAUAAUAACUUGCAUGUGACAAAAUAUUCUACAGCGACAACUGCAGCAGCUCAGACUGCUAUUGCCACCACAGUGAUAAAGCCCAAACCUCCAGAGAUCAAGAUAAGCUUGGGAAGUGUGGAGCAGAACAGAGAUAAUCAUUUCAAUAUUACUAAGCUUCUCAGCCCCAAGAUAGCUGGAAAUGCCCCCAAUUUUUUCAAGACAGCUGUUGAUACCAGAUGUCAACUGCAAAAGCAAAUAAAAGGAGAGAUUAUGGACAAACUGCCUCAAUUUCAGGUACGUGAUGUAAGAGAAAAUAAGUCUAAAGUCCAAGGGCCUAUACAUCAGGUGAGAGAUGUCAGGAAACUAAUCAAGAGUAGUUAUGGUCUUGAAUCAGGGGAUAACCAUAGUGACAGAGGUAGUGUUAACUCUGACCAGGGAACCUUUGACCAGAAAUCCAAACAGCUGAUGUCAAUAGGCAUUCCCAGGUCUCUGUCUCCCAUGGUGAUAACUUGUCAGGCAGUAAGUAACAGUAAAGAGGACAAGAAGCCCAACAAAUCUCACGAGAUGGGGCCCAGAGUAAGUAAUGGAGGCAAGAUGCUACCUUCCAACCCAGAAGGAACUAUCCUGGUACACAGGACCUCAGGAAGGCUGCCAGUAGCCACCAUUGCUCCCAACAAGAGUGACCCUCGCCAGCCUGCUGUAUUGAAGAUAGUCUCCAAAACAUCUGUGCCCUGGAGGCAGCAGACACAUCCACCACCACAGCAGCCAGUGACAACUGAGAAAAGCAAUAAAGUGGGACCACUGGUGGUGGAUGAAGAAGAACUUCCCAAAGAAGAAGAGGUGACCAAGGCAUCUGUCUCAGCAAACCAUAAGGCUCUGCAAAAACUCACAGCAGCAGUCCGGAGCAUGGAAGAGCUAUACAGUUUCACUAAAAAUGAGUGGAAACGAAAGAGUGACCCAUUACCGAUAACCGACAGCCAUGUCCUCUCCCUCAUUGCCAGCGAAGAGCAAACCACGGGAGCCACAAACGCAGCCAGGGAAGAACCGAUGAUGGUUGCCAAGACUGAGGACCAGGAGGGAGCUCAGGCGGUGGGAUUAACAACUUCUCCCAGCAGAUCCGCACCAGAACGCCAUCCCCGCGGCAGAUUCACCAACCCAACCAAGAAUGCAGAGAAAGUCUCCGCCAAGACAGCGGCCUUUGAGAGCCUGACCCGAGAGCGGGCCCGCGGUUCAGGCCUCUACGGAGAAUCUGCCACAAGAAACGCCGGGCCUGCUGAGAAGGAAAGAGUCCCUGUGGUCCCCAGGACCACCUUAACUUUUAACGCUCAGGCCCAGAAGGCCAAGCUUCAACCGCCGGUGCUCCCGUCUCCUUCCCCGCCUCGAGGCCUCAAAGGCCAGGCCAGGCCUCGCGCCAUCAAGUUAUUUGGCAGCCGGCAGGGGAGCCUGGUGGAACCGGACAAGAGCCGCAAGCCCGUCUUUCCCGACUGCGGGAACUAUUUGGCCAUUUCGCUCAAGGAGCCGUCCGCGGAGCAACCGGCACUGGCGGCUUUAGGCACAGGAGGAGGAGGAGAAGCACCAGGAAGCAACCGCGCAGGCCUCGUCGCCACUGCUUCACCCGCUGCCGCCCAGCCUCUCAACCUGGCCCGGUCCGUGGCAGACUCCAACCCCACCCAGGCGACCCAGCAGCAGCCCGCGGAGGAGCGCGCUGGCCCCACCGCAGCCACCACUCAGCCGCAGCCUCUGGCACAGCUGCUGCCGCCCUUGCCGCCGCCGCCGCCGCAGCAGCAGCAGCAGCAACUCCAGGCGGCGGUGGCGGCGGCUCCACCGCUGGAAAUGUCUCCGGCGCACAUCUUCCCUCAGGCUCUGUCUCUCGCAGCGGCGGCGGCCGCCCUGACAGGCGCGACUCAGCCGGCAACGCCUUUGCUUUGCUUCUCGCCGCCCAUGCCCGCUGAGCCCGCCGCUUUCCCGCCGCCUCAGACGCAGCGCAAAGUGCUGCUGGACCUCAGCACGGGCCAGUGCUACUUAGUGGACGCCCCACUGCAGCCCCAGCCGCAGCCCCAGAAGCGGCGCCUCUUUGACCCCGAGACAGGGCAGUACGUGGAAGUACCCUUGCCGGUCCCGGCGCCGCCACCACAGCCGCCGGCCUUGGCCCCCAUGACCAUCCCCAUGUCCUCCCUGGCGCUGGGAGCGGCCGCUGGGACCUACAGCUCCCCGGCUUACAUGUUCUACCCGGGCUUCCUGCCGGCGGUCCUGUCCGCCAGCGCACUGCAGGGCCAGCUCGCCCAGCAGCCCGGCGGUGAGCUGGGGUCUGUGGCCGCCUCGUCCAGGAGCGCCGCCAACUCCGCCGCAGAAAGCCCGUAUUACAUGCCCACGGGCACCCCGCAGCAGCAACCGUGCCCGCAAGCGGCUCCCGGCGACGGGAAAGCGCCGCUUAUCAGCAUCACCUCGCAGCCGCUGGGACCCCGGAUCAUCGCGCCUCCGUCCUUCGACGGUACCACCAUGCGCUUCGUCGUGGAGCACCGGUGACGGGGCGCCGGCCAGGAGAGAUGCUGCUGGUGGUACGACGGGCACAAAGAACAAGAAUUUGUCUCCCCUUAAUUUGAAAUGUACUUGGUAAUUCUAAAUUUUUGUUUAAAUUGCUCUCCUCUGAUGUAUUUCUCAUGCAUUGCUUUGUGCAAAACAUGUGUUACAUUGUUUCCAUGUUUGGAUAAGCUGUUUCCUCAUUUUUAACUAUGUAGAAAUUUAAUUAUUCAAAUAUAAAUGAUUGAAUUGUGAUAUUUUCGGUAGGUUUUUAAAUGUAGAAACUAGUAAUUAGUGUACUGUGCAAUACACAGCUAACUACAAGUUACCUACAAAUGCAUAUAUAGAAGCAGGAGCCCUUAUUGCUUUGGAACGAAAAACAAGUUUGAGUGAAGAAAUAAGAUGCUGGUAUAGCUUUGCAGAUACCUAUUUGCAGGAUUUUUAAAAAAGCUUGGAAAGCUUGAAUUAUUACUCCAAUCGGUUUCUCUGUUUUAAAAAAAGUGACUAUAGGGUUGUUUUUAUACAUAAAUAUAUGUAUGUGCAGUUUAUUCUUAAAGUUAUUUUAAUACAUUUUUGGUAUCUCUCCAUUAUUUUGGAGAAAACGUAUCUAAAAAUAAAAGAAGUAAAAAUGUC